AUGGCAGACACAAAAGAGAUAAAUCAAACAUCCAUCACAGGAUUUAUCCUCCUGGGCUUUAGGAAUCUCCAUGAACUGGAAAUUCUUCUCUUCCCGCUGUUUCUAGUGAUCUACAUUGUGACAGUGGCUGGGAACAUCCUCAUUGUUGCACUCGUUGUGGCUGAUCAGCACCUUCACACCCCCAUGUACUUCUUCCUGGGGAACUUGUCCUGCUUGGAGACCUGCUACACCUCCACCAUCCUGCCCAGGAUGCUUGCAAGUCUCCUGACUGGGAACAAAUCCAUUUCUGUUAGUGGCUGCCUCAUACAAUUUGAUAUCUUUGGUUCUCUGUUAGCUACAGAAAGUUGUCUCUUAUCAGUGAUGUCUUACGAUCGGUAUUUAGCCAUAUGCAAACCACUGCAAUAUGCAGUCCGCAUGAAUAGUAGAUUUUCCUUCCAGCUAGCAGCUGGGUCUUGGCUAAGUGGGUCUGUAGUCAGCACCAUUACAGCAUGUUGGCUAUCACAAUUGAUUUUCUGUGGCCCCAAUGAAAUUGACCAUUUCCUUUGUGAUUACACCACAUUGAUAAAACUGUCCUGCAGUGACACCAGCUUGAUGGUUCUUGUGAUUUUCCCUCUCUCCUUCAUAUUCAUUCUUCCCCCAUUUCUAUUAACCCUGACAUCUUACAUUUAUAUCAUCAGCACUGUCCUGAGAAUCUCUUCCAGCACUGGGAGGCAAAAGGCUUUUUCCACUUGCUCUUCUCACCUCAUCGUGGUGACAAUAUUCUAUGGGACCCUAUUCAUUGUCUACUUGCUCCCAGACACUGCUGCACUGCGAGACCUGAACAAAGUGUCCUCUGUCUUCUACACCAUGCUGACUCCCAUGGUCAAUCCCCUCAUCUACAGCCUGAGAAACAAGGAGGUCAAGGAGGCCCUGAGAAAAGCUUUAAGUAAGACUGUGACUUUUAUAACCAAUCAAAAACUAUUUUCUCGACAUUUAUUGUGA